UGCUAUCCCGGCCGUGGCGCGCCACUCACCGCCCGCCUGCCGCGACGAAGCGACGCUCUCAGAACCCUGACUCUUUGUUAGUACCGAUAAAUCAGUGCGCACGAGACAUGGAGAACAAGCAAUGGUUUUGGCUGACUGCGAGUCUCGUGCUACUCUGGCUGUCGGUGGCGGCUGCCGACGGCGAGGUGUGGGAGGAGUCCGACCACGAGGUCCUCGUUAGGAGUGAGAGAGGAACUAAGAAUAGAGAAACUUGUCGCUACACCAGGGGAGCCUGGUCGGAAUGCGACUCUAAAACCAACGUGCGCUCUCGAAUGCUGACCCUGAAGAAAGGGGACCCAGACAGUUGCGAGCGUACCAAGACCAUCCAGAAGAAAUGCAAAAAAGCCUGCCGCUAUGAAAAGUCCUCAUGGAGCGAGUGCAGUCCCAAUGGUGAAAUGUCCAGGACUGACAUGCUGAAAGCUAACAGCGACCCGAGCUGCGACCAGAGCAGGCGCAUUACUAAAAAGUGUAACAAGAACAAACAAGUGAAGUCCACCAAAGACAAGGGUCGCCGAAAUCGUCAGUAAGCGUCUCAAGGAAGUCACUUUAGAUUAAAAUUUAUUAUGACGAAAUGUGUUUGGUUCUAAUUUAUGUACCUAAUAGUGCCAAAAAUAGUGUCGACAAUUAAAUAAUAUUUUCAAUUUUAAUUAUUAAUAUACGUAAGCCAAUAAAUAGCUACAAUAUUAACAGUACAAUUUAUCUCUUAACAUUGAACUGUACGAAUAUUAAAGUUAAGUAGGUACAUAUUCAUUUUAUUAUCACUGGUAAGAAAAAUCUUUGAUAUUAAAAUAAAUAAAUAAGUACUUA